AUGGCACAGCCUCUGCCGGGUUUGACACAAGAAGCUCACUGGGCCCUCGCUGACCUCAUCUAUCCAACCUCCCAGUUUGUCUUCUCGACCACCGCCACCAGAACCGGCUUGAUCGAGAAGAUGAGAACCAAUCUCCUGCUCAUGCGUCCCGACGGUCUGCCUCCGGACUACGAGCUUGUCGCUCUAAAAACCUUCUACAGCACUUCGGAACACUUUACCCCUGGUGCGUACUUUUCCGGCCAUUCGCCUGCCACCCAACUCGCUCUGCACUCCCUUGAUAUCCCCUUUCCUCAUUCGUCCGGUCUUCCUUCUUCUUUCACCUCCAUGUUUUCGUCUAUCAAUAGACCUCCACAGCACGCCCGGAAGCCAGCUUGGUAUCCUGUUGCAUCGGACCAUGCCCUACUGUGGGAGAACCUACCUGUGUGAGCAGUGCGGUAUUAGUCUCGCCAACUCAUCCUCCCCUUCCACCUCAGAAAAGGUGAGACAUUGAUUUAACUGGGUCAGAUUGGAGGUACUGACCAAUCCCGGUUUUAGGUCGGAAAUUGAUGUUCUCGUUUCCGCACAUCAGAAAAUCGUGUGGCGGCUCGCAAACAAUAGCCUAGUCCUAUUAAAAAGGGGGACGCGGUCGCUAGAACAAGAGCUUUAUUUGCCUGACGUUUCGGAUUACCGCUCGAAUCCAACAUAAGAGACAACAACAAGAGAUAUGCGUAGUUCAUGCACAAGGGCCUGCAGUUUAUGUAGGAUGCAGUCGCUAUGCUACCUCACGCCUAUGAAAACCCACGGCUGCCCCUCCCCCCCCCAACCUUCAUCAGGAAUUGUUACACUUGGUGUGAUGACUGUUCGAUGGUCGACAUUCGCGCCGUUUAUUGCCGCAAUUUCAUCACGGGUGUUCGAUGUUGAUGUGAUGAUUGCUCAACCAUCUGAUCCACCGGCCCUGGCGUUGGGAAUAGUGUUAGCCGGUGCGCUCCCCGCGUGGCCACUGAAUCGUGACUAAAGUAGCUGGCGGUUUAUGCGAUUUUCACCUCUAGCGAGAAUUUGAGUGUGUGACCGGAUCUCGUCGAAUGAGCCGCAACUUCAGAACUGACAUCAUUUAUCCACACUGCUGCCGCGUGUUCGGCUAUUCGGACUCGCAGCAUUCUUCCGGUUUCUCGGGCGUAGUUCCUUAGACCGUAACGGCACCAAAUCCGAUAAAAAAACUCCAUACGUUUAUUGCCGUGGCAGUAGGUACUUCAGUUUCAUUGUCUAACGCCUGAUGGUUGCUUCCGGUGUGUGUAACUCCAACCCCAAGUGGUGCAAGAAGGCAACUGACGGCCUCCGAGACGUUCUUGACGUACGGAAGAGCUCCCCAAAAUUUGGAGUCGUACAAGACCUUUCGUCCCCUUUGUGUAUGCGCCGGUUCACGAAGUUGCGCGCGUGGCCACUGGCUUUGAACACCCGUCGAAGGUAUUGUAGAUCGGCAAUCUUUUCUUCCGGAUCACUGUAGUGCAUCUCAACGCAAACUGCGUUUGAGGUUGUUGAUGAGUUCGAGUAGAAAGCCCAAAUGUCCGGCAAAUAAAGCGCGCAUCCCAGCAAUCGUAGAGCCUUCUUCACAAUUGCUACCAGGCAAGGUCUAGUUUUAUCUCUAGCUCCAGAACAGUACGGAAUUGUUUGUGUUCCAUCCCGAAAUCAGGACACACCGACACACUCCAGGCCGGUCGAUUGAAUACUCUCCGUUUAGCCGACCUAAUGCAGACAUGGGUGGGGUGCUGGGCGUGUUUCGCGAUAAUCGACUGCCUCGGAUUCAAAACCCGAACAUGCAACCCGUGAUAGGGCGUUAUUAACGGAUGAAAACAGCCAUCCAGCUGUACCUCGCGUUAUUAUUACCCACCCUUCUGGCAAUGGAGCAGGACUUAAAAUAUGGCUCUCCUCUAGCCAGACGCCAUGUGAUUUCACUGCAAUACAAAUUCGUUUGUCUGAUCCGGGGUACUCUUGGUUCCCAGAUAGCCAUCUGAGGAGACUUUUAAUGUUGCUUUCCUUAGAAUGCGGAUCAGGGAAUAUAACCGGAUUUGGAAUAGGCUCUCUUUAGUUAAACAGAGUGAGACCACGGGUAUACUUGCCGUCGGUCGUUACGCUGCUGGUUUUUCCCACAGCUAAUAACGCCUUGAAGCUUUCUCCCUUGUCCAGAAUAAAGUCGAUUUUUCUUCCAAUACGGGUGACUUGCUGUGCGGCCCUGUGGUACGCGGCACAAUCAUUUUAACCAGGUAAGAUAGAAGGUUUCAGAUUUAAUAGUAGGUACUCUUUUCCUCCAUAACUUAUUACUAGACAACGGAACACCGGCUCACCUCGAACCGAGUUUUCAUCCAGGUCCCAUUUGCCUCUAACGAAGUCUUACACGAUAGGACGGACCAUCCGUCAUACAUACGACACGGCAAAAUUGUUAAUGACAUGGCAGAAUGGCAUUACCGACAAAGACAUGGCAGACUGCAAUGGACACUUCUGGCUUAUUAGCCGUCGUCAGCCAUUCACACCCAACCCCAAAGUGUGGAACACCCGAGGCUCGAACUCACGACCUAUUAGUUAGAAGUCCAUGCCUCUAACCACUGGGCCAAGGGCCCGUUGUCCUGUCAAUUUUCGAUCGGGAAUAUACAAUGGUAGGGGAAGCUCACCGAUCGUUCUUACGGAACUCAAGCGCCGCAGUACGACUGCUGGUUGGGCUCGAGAUAGAGCCGGUAACGCACAACGGAACGAGUGAGUUCCGUAAGAACAUACUCACUUUUGCAUAUAUAUGUAUGUACUUAUAGGCAGGAUGUUAUUACCGAUAAAAACAAGGGAAACAAGAAUGGCCAUUUCUGGCUUCUCAGCCGUCGUCAGCCAGUCCUACCCAACCCCGAUGUGUGGCACACCCGAGGCCCGAACUCGCGACCUGUUAAUUAGAAGUCCACACCUCUAACCACUGGGCCAAGGGCCCGUUGUCCUGUCAGUUUUCGAUCGUGAAUAUACAAUGGUAGGGGGCCUCGCCGAUCGUUCUUAUGGAACUCACUCGUUCCGUUGUGCCUUACAGGCUCUCUCUCGAGCCAAACCAGCAGCCGCACAGAGGCGCGUGUCUCAGUCGGUAAUGUUAUUCUGCCUAUAUUAUUCGCCGCUGUGCGGCUGCUGGUUUGGCUCGAGAGAGAGAGUCCGGAAGGCACAACGGAACGAGUGAGUUCCGUAUGAACGAUCGGUGAGCUCCCCCUACCAGUAUCGAUUGCAUCUUCCUCCUCUUCAUUGAACAGCCAUAUCUUUGAUUUUUGUGCAAUCUAAAGUCUUUUUUGUUUUUCCCCCUGCCCUACUACGAAGGUGGACGUCUCUGGACUAUUUGUGAAUCUCCCCAUUCAGAGAGCACUGCGUACCUCGCUGACUUUCAUACCGAGGCAAGCUCACCGACAUGAAAGCAAGGAAGUGCCCACGACAUCGUUGAGUGUCCAACCCAUGGAACUGGAGGCCUUCCUCCUGUUGCCCGAGGAGCCAGGAACCCACUAGCGUUGACGGAUUGAAGAUAGAACUAUUUGCUACCCCUUGCAACUGAGGACAUGUAUAGAUUUGUUCUGGGGGGGGUCGAUGGCCGGUCCUGUAACCUGCCCUCUCAACAAUCCGCCUAAAUUUUGGAUGUCUGUUCCUUUUAAUGUGUCAUAACCCUGCCUACCGGCCACAAAUCUGCUCCUACAUCAUUAACGUCUUUCCUUCAAGUUUCCUUUUAAACUGAAUUUGUACGCUUAAAAUCGAAGAUGUAGAAAGUUUACGAUUGUCGUUGUCCAUUCUUCCAAGUACAAAUGGUCGCAUCAGGUAAUAUCGCAUUUGCCUGAUAUCACAGUUUUCCCAAAAGAGAAUCUGAUUGCUGAAAGACCGCAGAAUACCCAGCCAAGUUCUCUGAGACCAUUUAUUACACAAGAGGUGAAAACAUUCUACACCACCGGUUACUGCGGUCCGGCUUAACUAAAAACAUGCACCAUAUGUAGCCCCCAUUAUGUGGGAAAAUUAUCAACCGACCUUAAAAAAGGAUCUUCAAGGUGCUACUGUGCAGGUUAAUAGUUUGAUUGUCGCGAACGAUUCUGCGUGAAUGAUAUCUUAGCGAGGCAGACUUACGUAUCGCCCGCAGCACUAUCAUUUCCUUGUUCCCGCUCUAAAAACACCACAAAUAGAUGGGGGGCGGUAGCCAGACAGAACGACUGUGCUUAUCACACAUGGCAAGAAGCAAAUUCUAAGGUAGAGAAGGGGUUCAAAAAGCCGUCAAAAAUAGCAUAACAGUCUUACAGCGCUGCCGCAGGGUGUAAUGAGACCACAAAAUCCGCAAAGAAUCUGGACGAGAGUAUUCACAACAAGUUAACAGAGUGUAUAGUAACAACUUGUAUUGCAGGGAAUGCUUGUUAACAGGCGCCUUCGAAAGUGGUAAACAAACGCAUGCCCGCCUAUAGGUGGGGGCGGAACGAUCUUCAUCAUGACUAGGCUGUCUCCAGAUAGAUGACCUUCAGUCAUGUGUUAUUUCUCCGUUCAGUUCCCUCAGAUUCGAGGCCGAAUAAUGUUCUUCAGGAAUAGCCUGUCUCCAGAUAGGCGGCCUUCAGAUAUAUGUUGAUUCUCCAUUCAGUACCCUCGGAUUCGUCUCGUUCAGGCUGCAUCUUCUGGAAGGGUUCCGCCCAACAGGCUCAUGCUCGCCGCAGGAGUAAAACCCAGGAAUCAGGAACGGGACGGGGGCUGUGGUUAAUGAUAGAAUUUACAAAACCACCAACGCAUACCAGGUCAGGAUCAAGGCGUGCAGCAUGGCAUUCAAUUUGUUUUUUUUUGUCUACCGCACAAUUUUUCAACUGGAUUUUCGGUGAAAUCUUUCCUUCUUAACCACAGAUCGUCUGCAGCCACCACUGUGUUUGUCGAUUUAUCAUCAGGCGCGAGCACACUGGACCACAAUUUCUCAGUACACGUAGCCAGAUUCUUAUCAAAGUGUGUCUGCAUAUACAACUCGACUUUUACGAAGAGCGUCUUCUAUUUUUCAUUAUAUCCACUCGGAAUGCAUACCACCUCUGAUCUACAACAUAUAUGUCUAGGUGGUCUAGAAUCCAUUCUACUGACCUCUGUCCUACCUGAAGACAAGCGCGCUGACAUACGCAGCUGUGCCACUGGUAUCCUCCGACAAAAAAGACACCAGCAAACUUUACCGGCCGAAGAGGCGCAAGGAUUGCGACCACAGUAUUGUUGUUGUUCUCCCCGACAAAGAUGGCGCUACCGUCAUCAUGGACAAAACUGACUACGUCAACAAGGCGGAUCUAAUCUUCAGUGACACGGAUUCUUAUACCAUUCUCGCCGAAGACCCAAGGAAAAAGCAAGCCGCAACCAUCAUGAAAAAGGUUAAUGAACUUGCUCGGCUGAAAGUCAUAGGUCCAGAUGACUCAAAGUUUAUGACCCUCAGUGAUCCCCAUAUCGCACACGCGUACGGUCUUUCAAAGGUCCACAAAAUUGGUGCCCCACUGAGGAUUAUAGUACCGCUUAUCGGACCCCCUACUUACAAUUUAGCCAAGUGGCUGUACAAGCAUCUGAAGCCGCUAACUCACGGAUCUCGCUACAGCAUUAACAGCUCCCAGGAAUUCCUCAACCGGAUGGAAGGCCUCAAUGUAAGCACUGAUGAAUUCCUCUUGUCUUUUGACGUCGUUGCGUUAUUUUCUUCCAUACCGCACGAUUUGGCAAUUGACUGCGUAGCCCAACGGUUACAGGACAAUCCUGUUGGUAUCCCAGCGCAGCAUGUCAUAGAACUGCUCAAACUUCGCCUUAAGAACUAUUGUAAGUUCGACAAUAUGUACUACCAACAGGUGAAGGGAAGUUCAAUGGGCUCCCAAUAUCCGGCCUACUCGCCGAACUAG